AUGGGUCCCGCCUCCGCCACACAGAAGUCCAACAAUGCCAAGGACAAGAAACACACCUCUCGAGCUUCGAGCGUCUCCAAGGCUGAACCAGAGAGCCCUACUGAAAAUGGAUCCGAGCCUGCUUACCUCAAGGAGUUACAGAAGAGCCUUCGCAAUGCGGUGAAGAAGCUGAACGCUACCGCGAAGGUCGACAUCAUCAUCUCCGAAAACCCAGGCAAAUCGCUCGACGAACUUGUGGAGGAGAAGAAGAUUAAUGGAGAUCAGAGAGCGCAGGCACUGAAGAAGCCUGCUCUCCAAGCUACAAUCUCGCAAAUCGAGGAACAGAUUGGUCAUUACAAAGAAAUUGCUGCCCAAUACGAGGAGAAAUUGGUGAGCCAGAAGGCGGCUAUUACCAAGGGUCAUCAAGAGGAGCUGGAGGCUGUACGCGCAAAUGCUGUAGCCGAUGCGACUGAAACUACUGCACAGGCUCUGCGUGAAAAAUUGCUCACCGUGAGCAAGUUCCUUUGUGCCGCAGCCAAUUUGCGACGCGCCGGAGACGAGACAGCCGAGGGCCGAGCCUUUGAAGCUGUUCUAUACCAAGUUUAUGGAGGUAGCCAGGAUGCUGUGACGUCCAUGGUGAAGCUUAUCGAGGGAUCGGAUGAAAAGCUGCAGGAUAUCGAGGGCGGGGCCUUGGAUCUCACUUACGGAGAUGUGAAGCAGACAUCCAACCAACACGCACCCGUCGAAGAGCCUACCCAAACCGCUACCGAUUCUACUAUUACCUCCGAUCCAACUCUCGUCAAUGCUGGCUUGACCGAGCUCCAGGACACUUCAAUUAGCGCUGCGGCUGCCACUCAGGCUGAGAGCUCCGCUCCUCAAGUUGACCAAGUGGCCCCGCCGGCCCAGACUGCAACUGGAAAUGGAGGUAACCAGGUGGCUGAUGCAACCUAUGAUCCUACUUCCAUGACUUCUUCAGCCACUACCGAUGGCUGGGUUGAAAUUCCGCGUGACCCUGCCGAGACCGAGACUGGCCUUCAAGCUACCCCCGCCAACAAUGAGACCCACAAUGCUAGUGAGGACGCAUCAGGUGCCAAGGGUAACUCUGGCCGUGGCCGUGGCCGUAAUGGACGCGGUCGGGGUGAUGGGUCUCGUGGUGGACGUGGCCGCGAGAAUCGCGGUCGAGGUGACCACCGGGGUCGCGGUCGGGGUGGCGGCCGUGGUGGCAAGCGUGGUGGUGCCAAUGGCUCUCCAACUGCUACACCUACAGGUGAAAAGCAGUAG